CAUAAAAGAUGGGAAUCGUGAUCGAAACUGACCGAAUGUGGAUGUACAGUGGGAGUACUAUCAGGUCUCCAAAAAAAUGAGAGGGGAGAAUGCAGACUCGACUCAGAAGCAAGAAAAAGACGAACUGGCACAAGAAGACAACAGAUUAACAGGCAGGUCCUUCGUGCAGAUCCACGCAGCUGCUUUCACCUUUGGGGGAUCCAAAAUUCAUGAAGUUGAGACGAAUGAUUUGUGUGCUGUUUUCCAAAGGAGGAACACAGAUCUCCCUGAGCCAAGCUCCAAUGCCCAACAUCCCAGAGGUUUGCGUGACGUCGGCCGGCCUGGCAGCAGCUGCGGCAGUGUUAGCGGGGUGCUGGUGAGCUGAAGCCCGGGGAGAUGUCACAGCUGUACUACCGGCGGACUGACAGCUCCUCAUACCGGGACCGCAUCCCGCUGAGAAUAGUGCGGGCCGAGUCGGAGCUGUCACCUCUGGAGAAGGCUUACCUCGGAGCCGUGGAGAAGGGGGACUACGCCAGUGUGAAACAAGCCCUGGAGGAGGCUGAGAUCUACUUCAAGAUCAACAUCAACUGCAUCGACCCCCUCGGACGCACGGCCCUGCUGAUUGCCAUCGAGAACGAGAACCUCGAGAUCAUCGAGCUCCUGCUGAGCUUCAACGUUUACGUGGGCGAUGCUCUGCUGCACGCCAUCCGCAAGGAGGUGGUGGGAGCCGUGGAGCUGCUGCUCAAUCACAAGAAGCCGAGCGGCGGCAUGCAGGUUCCUCCUAUCUUACUGGACAAGCAGUUCUCUGACUUCACCCCCGACAUCACCCCGAUCAUCCUCGCUGCGCACACCAACAACUAUGAAAUUAUCAAGCUUCUGGUGCAGAAAGGCGUGUCUAUGCCACAGCCGCAUGAGGUGCGCUGCAACUGUGUGGAGUGCGUGUCCAGUUCCGACGUGGACAGUCUGAGGCACUCGCGCUCGCGCCUCAACAUCUACAGAGCGCUGUCGAGCCCCUCGCUGAUCGCGCUCUCCAGCGAAGAUCCUUUUCUCACCGCCUUCAGGCUCAGCUGGGAGCUGCAGGAGCUCAGCAAGGUGGAAAAUGAGUUCAAGUCUGAGUAUGAGGAGCUCUCUCAGCAGUGUAAACAGUUUGCUAAGGACCUCUUGGAUCAGACGAGGAGCUCCAGAGAGCUGGAGAUGAUCCUCAACUACAGAGACGACAUCAACCUGCUGGAGGAGGAGGGCAACAACGACCUGGCCAGACUCAAACUGGCGAUCAAGUACCACCAGAAAGAGUUUGUGGCUCAGCCGAACUGCCAGCAGCUCUUGGCGUCCCGGUGGUAUGACGAGUUUCCCGGCUGGAGACGGCGCCACUGGGCCGGGAAGUUUAUUACCUGUGUCUUCAUCGGCCUGCUCUACCCCGUGUUCGCCAUCUGCUACCUCAUCGCUCCCAAGAGUCGCUACGGCCUCUUCAUCCGCAAGCCCUUCAUCAAGUUCAUCUGCCACACGGCGUCGUACCUGACCUUCUUGUUCCUGCUGCUGCUCGCCUCCCAGCAUAUAGUGACCACCGAGCAGGACAGGCAGGACAGGCAGGGGCCUGCCCCCACCACCGUGGAGUGGAUGAUCCUGCCCUGGGUGCUCGGGUUCAUCUGGGCAGAGAUCAAGCAGAUGUGGGAUGGUGGUUUCCAAGAUUACGUCCAUGACUGGUGGAACCUGAUGGACUUUGUCAUGAACUCUCUGUAUCUCGCAACAAUUUCCCUCAAAAUUGUAGCCUACACUAAGUACAGUGGCAGUAAACCCAGGAACCAGUGGGAAAUGUGGCACCCGACUCUGGUGGCGGAGGCAGUCUUCGCCAUCGCCAACAUUUUCAGCUCGCUGCGCCUCAUCUCGCUGUUCACAGCCAACUCUCACUUGGGGCCACUGCAGAUCUCUCUGGGGAGGAUGCUGCUGGACAUCCUGAAGUUCCUCUUCAUCUACUGUCUGGUUUUGCUGGCCUUCGCUAACGGGCUGAAUCAGCUGUACUUUUACUACGAGACCAAGGCCUCGGACGAGAAGGGAAAAUGCAAGGGCAUCCGAUGCGUGGAGCAGAAUAACGCCUUCUCGACGUUAUUUGAGACUCUGCAAUCGCUCUUCUGGUCUAUCUUCGGACUGAUAAGUCUGUAUGUGACCAACGUGGAUGCAGACCAUCAGUUUACUGAAUUUGUCGGCGCCACCAUGUUUGGCACGUACAACAUAAUCUCACUGGUGGUGCUCCUCAACAUGCUCAUAGCCAUGAUGAACAACUCCUACCAGCACAUCGCUGAUCACGCAGAUAUUGAGUGGAAGUUUGCCAGGACGAAGCUGUGGAUGAGCUACUUCGAGGAAGGGGCCACCCUGCCGGCUCCUUUCAACAUCAUCCCGAGCCCCAAGUCCUUCUGGUACCUCAUGUGUUGGAUCAAGAAGCAGGUGUGCAAGAGGACGAGCACAAAGCGCACCGAAACCUUCGGGACUCUGGGAAGGCGAGCAGCAGAAAACCUGCGGAUAAACCAUCAGUAUCAGGAAGUUUUGAGGAACUUGGUCAAACGUUAUGUGGCGGCCAUGAUCAGAGAUGCCAAGACAGAAGAGGGUCUGACUGAAGAGAACUUUAAGGAGCUGAAACAGGAUAUCUCCAGUUUCCGCUAUGAGGUGAUGGGGAUGAUGAAGACGGGGAAACCUGCUGUACAGGCGCCGAAGGCCAGCGGGAGUUCGGUGGAUUCCGGUGCUGCUUUCCCGAAUUCCUUGCUCAAGGUCUCUUCCUGCCCACCGAGCAGCCAGGUGAAAAACAAACUCAAUCGAUUCAAGAUCACCACGUCGAUCCUGAAGAAGUGCAGCUCUGCAGAGUCGCCCAGGCCUCCAGAGGCCUCCAACGGUCUGCCCAACGGGCUGCUGUCUGUGGCGUCUGGCGAGAGCCUGGGCGAGAAGUCGGGCCAGCGGAGGACCUGUCCCAAAGACAUCUCUGAGUUUGGCUUGUUCCAGAAACGACACUGGCCGAACAAAGAAAGCACGUCAUCUGUGGGGGAAAUGCACUCUUUGUCAGAGGAAGCAGAGGAGGCGUGUGGAGAGGGGCAGAGUGACGCACAAGUGGCUCUGGACGACGGGAAGAAAGAGCCAUUAGAGAUGAAAAACCAGGAGGAAGCUGCACAGAGUCAGGAGGAACUGAACACCAGCGGCAGCUUGGGUGAGACUGGAGACAAAGAAGCUGAGAAAAAGGACAAAGGCUUCGCCUGUGCCGGCUCGGUGGCUGAUGGAGGUUCGUCAGGGUCGCCCGGAGACGAUGCUUGAAAUAAAACGACACAAAAA